UAUCUUAUCUUCUUGUUACGCUAAUCCCUAUGCAUUCAAAACAUUGACCGAAGCAAUUCACCUUUUGCUUUCCUUUUCCUCUUUGUUUUCAUGCAUUUAAUUACAUAACAACGCCUCUCCUUUUUUCUCGCUUUGUACGUUUGUUUCUUCUGUGAAUUUUCAAUCAGCUCAUGAGGCUCGCGAACUAUUGUUUUUCUUAUUUAUCUGUUACUCCAACAAAUUUGCAAUCAUAUGCGUUUAAUUCGGAAUUGAGAUGAUACUUAACUUUUUUUUUUUAAACCUAAUUUGUUGUGUUGAUUGUUGAAGACUUGAGUGGAAGUGCGAAUGGCAUCGAAACAAGGUGUAAAAUCGAAAAGAUUCGGAUCGAGUGGCUUAAAAGCUGUUAAUUCGGCUUCGUCUUCGACCACAUCAUCUUCUAAACAGUUUCUGGAAACAUCGGUUGAUGGUCAGUGCUCGCCUGCAUCAUCAUCAGCUCGGAGUAAGCCGCAGUAUAUUUAUCCAGAAACUGUGUCUUCAGAUGUACAAAGAGCCAAAGAAAAUGUUACUGUGACAGUCAGGUUUCGGCCUCUGAAUCCAAGGGAAAUUCGUCAAGGAGAGGAGAUUGCUUGGUAUGCAGAUGGAGAAACUAUAGUGCGAAAUGAGUACAACCCGUCCAUAGCAUAUGCAUACGAUCGUGUCUUUGGUCCCACAACCACAACUCGUCAUGUCUAUGAUGUUGCUGCUCAGCAUGUUGUUAGUGGUUCUAUGGAGGGCAUCAAUGGUACAAUAUUUGCAUAUGGGGUAACAAGCAGUGGGAAGACUCAUACAAUGCAUGGUGAUCAAAGGUCUCCUGGAAUCAUACCUCUUGCUGUGAAGGAUGCUUUUAGCAUUAUCCAAGAGACUCCAAACAGAGAGUUUCUCCUUCGAGUUUCAUACCUGGAAAUCUACAAUGAGGUGGUUAAUGACUUAUUAAAUCCAGCGGGACAGAACUUAAGAAUCAGAGAGGAUGCUCAGGGAACCUUUGUUGAUGGAAUAAAGGAAGAGGUUGUACUCUCCCCUGCUCAUGCACUGUCCCUUAUUGCCGCUGGAGAAGAGCACCGACAUGUUGGGUCCACAAACUUCAAUCUACUCAGCAGCAGGAGCCAUACGAUAUUUACCCUGACCAUAGAGAGUAGUCCAUAUGGUGAAAAUAGUGAAGGAGAAGCAGUAACGUUGUCACAACUGAAUCUCAUUGAUCUAGCAGGUUCUGAGAGCUCAAAAGCUGAAACAACUGGCAUGAGAAGGAGAGAAGGAUCUUAUAUCAAUAAAAGUCUUCUAACUCUUGGAACUGUUAUUUCAAAAUUGACUGAAGAUAAAGCUAGUCACAUACCUUAUAGGGACUCCAAAUUGACUAGAAUACUUCAGUCUUCACUCAGUGGUCAUGGACGUAUAUCUCUCAUUUGCACAGUAACUCCUUCAUCAAGUAGUACUGAAGAGACACACAACACAUUGAAGUUCGCCCACCGGGCAAAGCACAUUGAAAUACAAGCUGCACAAAACAAGAUAAUUGAUGAGAAGUCACUUAUCAAGAAGUACCAACAAGAGAUUCAAUGCUUAAAGGAAGAAUUGGAACAAUUAAAGAGGGGUAUUGUCACAGUUCAGUCAAAAGAUACUGGAGAUGAUGACAUUGAGCUCCUAAAACAAAAGUUAGAAGACGGUCAAGUUAGGUUGCGAUCCAGAUUGGAACAAGAAGAAGAAGCUAAAGCUGCUUUGCUAGGCAGAAUUCAACGGUUGACUAAGUUGAUUUUGGUCUCCACAAAAGCAUCAGAAUCAACAAGAUUUCCUAACAGGCCUGGUCCUCGUAGAAGACAUUCCUUUGGGGAAGAAGAGCUGGCAUACCUUCCAUACAAAAGGCGGGAUUUAAUCUUAGAUGAGGAAAAUAUUGAUUUAUAUGUUAAACUGGAGGGAAAUGCUGCAACAGCUGAUCAUUCUUCUAAGGAGGAGAAAAAGAUAAAGAAGCAUGGACUACUAAAUUGGUUCAAAUCACGUAAACGAGAUAGUGGCUUGACAGGCACUAGUGAAAAAUCUAGUGGAGGAAAAUCUACUAGCAUACCUUCCACGCCUCAAGCAGAAAGUGACAAUCAUGCGGAAUCCAGACUUUCCCAUUCUCUACUUGCAGAAAGCUCUCCAUCUGCUGAUCUUAUAUCAGAGGCAAGAGAGGAUAAAGAUAUUCACGAGGAUAGUUUAUUGGGACAAGAGACACCUUUGACAAGCAUCAAAUCAGUUGAUCAGAUUGAUCUUCUGAGGGAGCAUCAAAAGAUUUUAUCUGGAGAAGUGGCACUUCAUUCAAGUGCUUUGAAGAGGCUGUCUGAGGAAAUAACAAAAAAUCCUCAGAAUGGUCAGAUUCAUGUGGAGAUGGAAAGGUUGAAAGAUGAAAUUAAGGCAAAAAGUGAACAAAUAGAUUUGCUGGAAAAGCAAAUUUCUAAUUAUUUCAUUACUUCAGAUAAGAUGGAUCAAUCAGGAGGUUCACAGACUGUUACUGAGGAGCUGAUGGCACAAUUAAAUGAGAAAUCCUUUGAACUUGAGGUCAAAGCAGCAGAUAACCGUAUAAUUCAAGAACAGCUUAAUCAGAAGAUCUGUGAAUGUGAAAGCAUGCAAGAAACAAUUGCCUCUCUGAAACAGCAACUUGCAGAUGCAUUAGAGUUGAGAAAUUUUGGCCCUGUAGUCAAUCAUUCACAACAUUUUUCUGUAACCAAAGACUAUCGUGGUGAACUUCACCUUGACAAGGGAAAUGUGAUGAAAAAAAAUACCAAUGAAGAUCUUUUGCAAGCACAGAUAAGUGAGAUUGAAGAGCUGAAGCAGAAGGUGACAGAACUAACAGAAUCAAAGGAGCAGCUAGAACAUAGGAAUCAGAAACUGGCAGAAGAGAGUUCAUAUGCUAAGGGCCUAGCUUCGGCUGCUGCUGUUGAGCUUAAGGCAUUGUCAGAAGAGGUUGCCAAACUCAUGAACCAUAAUGAGAGACUAGCUGCUGAGCUAGCUGUGUCCAAGAAUUCACCCAACCAACGUAGAACUAGUGGAACAGUCCAAAAUGGACGAAGGGAAAGUCAUGCUAGACUUAGACGAAAUGAUCAGGGUGGAUCAAACUUAGAUAUCAAGAGAGAAUUAGCCUUGAGUAAAGAAAGGGAACUUUCAUAUGAAGCUGCCCUUUUAGAUAAAGAUCAGAAAGAGGCCGAGCUUCAAAGAAAGAUUGAGGAGUCCAAGCAAAGAGAAGCAUACCUGGAAAAUGAACUUGCCAACAUGUGGGUUCUGGUAGCAAAGCUAAAAAAGUCACAUGGAGCUGAAACUGAUAUCUUAGGUUCGACUAGAGAGAGUUUGCAAUUGGAUGGUUUUGACAUUUGAUGUGAUCCUGUAAUAGUGACUUUUGAGUUGAUCCAUUAUUACAAUUUGCAUUUAGUAGGAGUGGCUUGAGAGAGAGGUGUGUAAAGAUUGUUGUUCGCAGGAAAGUGUGUUUUUCUCUUCCCCGUCACUGUCCUUUUUGGUUCAUAGCAAGGGUUUCCCAUUUGUACAUCCAAACAAUGGUCGUUUCCCUUCUCCCAGCCUUCUUUACUCCAUUCCUUCAAAUUUUGUGCUAAUUUGGUCCCUUUUUUUAUUUGGUUGGCAUCUCUAGGGGGAUAACGUUUAAAGUAUUGAAAGUAAUAUUGGCUUCAA